AUGGAAAAUCCGACCGCCGCCGCGGCAGCCGGACCAGUAACCAUCAUCCACCACACCACCGCCUUCCUCUCCAAAGCACUUUCCUCGCUGGAGCUCCGCAACCACCUCCUCGCCCUCCUCCACGGUGGCGGCAGAACCCACUUCGCCGCCUGCCGCCGCCUCAUCAAGCCCUACGGCCUGGCGCUGGAGGCAGUGGAGAAGGCAACCGCUGCCACGAACCUUGCCCCGGUCAAAGCCGCCGCCGUCGUCCUCUGCCUCUUCCGCCUCAGCCCCUCCGCCGCCCGCUCCAAGAUCGCUCCUGAUCUCUUCCAGGAGCUCUUCCUCGUCCACCUACUCCCUGCUCUACGGUGGUUCGAGGACCGGAGGAGCGCGAUUCUGUCCGGUACUACCGCCGAGGCGCCGCCGGCGAUGAAAGUGCUGUCGGAGAUGAGCGGAGGGCAGGCGAAGGAGUUGAAGGUGCUGGAGGGUAUUUACGAGGAUGUUCUCAAUGAGAAUUGCAGGGUUUUUGCUGACUAUUUGAUUGAUGAAGUUUUGAGCAGCGGCGGCGGAGGAGAUGGUUCGACGGCGGGAGUGCGGCCGCCGCCGCCGGUGGUUUUGAGGAUAAGCAAGGCAGAGGAAUUGGGCGCCGAAUUUGGACGGUAUAAUCCAAUACAAAAAGAAGGAAGCAGAGAAGAAUCCGCCGCUUCAUCUUCGGAAUUCUGCAGUCCAUUUGGCGGCAGCAGCACUUCCUCCACUCCCAUAUCUCACAGUCACCACCCCUCGCCGCAGGCAACUUCUUCUUCUCCGGCGAAAACAGAGUCCCCUGCUCCGUCUAUUUCCGAUUCCGACGACUUAACCUCAUCUUCUUCCAACACGUCAACUUCUUCAUCUUCUUCCUCCUCCAUAUCUGCGGAAAAGGCCAAACGAGUAGCAUUGUUGCAGCCUCUCACAGAUCCCCUGCCUCGCAGCGAACAAAUCCGCAGCAGCUCUUCCGGAGGUCACAACCAGACAUUAAUGGCGGAUUUCGACAGUCUCCUGCUCAGUAAUAAACACUCUCCUCCUCCAAAGGACUUCGUCUGUCCAAUAACAAGCAACAUAUUCGCCGACCCAGUAACCCUCGAGACCGGCCAAACCUACGAGCGGAAAGCGAUUCAAGAAUGGCUGGAUCGAGGCAACUCGAGUUGCCCGAUUACUCGCCAAAAUUUGACCAGCACUCUGCUACCCAAAACCAACUACGUCCUCAAGCGCCUCAUCGCCAGCUGGCUCGAGCGCAACCCCGUCUCUUCCCCUUCCGUCGAAACCCCUCCCCGCCGGAAGAGAUCCACCGUGGAAUCUCCCAACAGCGUCAUCGCCGCUGCGGCGGCCGUGGACGGUUCUGUUGCUGAACUCCGCCACGCGAUCAACAACCUCUGUAUGUCGGAGAUCCUCGACGAGUCCGAGACGGCGGUUCUGACCAUCGAGAGGUUCUGGCAGGAGGUGAAGAGGAGUAAGAAUCUAGGGUUUGAUGUGCAGAGCAUGCUGGCUCGCCCCGCCGUGGUGAGCGGGUUCGUCGAGAUUCUGUUCAACUCCGUCGAUCCCACGGUGCUGAAGGCGACCGUCUUCCUGUUGUCGGAAUUGGGGUCGAGGGAUAAAUCGGUGGUGCAGACUUUGACGAGGGUUGACUCCGACGUUGACUGCAUCCUUGCCCUGUUCAAGAAGGGGCUUCUGGAAGCUGUGGUGUUGAUUUACUACCUCUUGACGCCUUCUUCUUCGCCAGGGGACUUGGUGGAGAUGGACAUGGUGGAAUCUCUGGUGGCGGUGUUGAGGAGGAAGGAGAGUGAUAUGCUGAAGAUGUGUAUGAAGCCCAGAACAGCUGCUGUGCUUCUGUUGGGGCAGAUAAUGGGAACUGGUGAGGAAGGUGCGGUGGGGGCCAUUGUGAAGGGUGAUGUUGUGGCAGCCAUUGUUGGAAGCUUGGAAUCCGAAUCGGCCGAGGAGAGGGUUUCGGCGGUUGGGAUACUGUUGAAGUGUAUGAAGGAAGAUGGAACUUGUAGGAACACCAUUGCUGAUAAAGCUGAGCUUGCUCCUGUGUUGGAGAGCUUCGUUGGUGGGGGUGAUGGCGAAAAGUUCGAGAUCAUUUGUUUCCUAUCUGAGUUGGUGAAACUCAACAGGAUGACAUUCAACGAGCAAGUUCUUCAUAUUAUCAAGGAUGAAGGCACUUUCAGCACCAUGCAUACUUUUCUCAACUAUUUGCAGACUGCUCCUGUGGAUCAGUCUCCUGUCUUGGCCGGCCUUCUUCUCCAGCUUGAUCUUCUGGCUGAGCCGAGAAAGAUGAGCAUGUAUAGGGAAGAUGCGAUAGAUACCUUCAUUUCAUGCCUCAAGAACUCAGAAUUCCCAGCUGCUCAAGUAGCUGCUGCAAAGACCAUUUUGGCACUGCCAGGGAGGUUUAAUGCUUCUGGGAAGUCCCUUACAAGAGCGUUUCUCCUAAAACGUGCUGGAGUCGAGAAGAGUUAUCGAAGCCUUACACAGACCGACCAGCAUACUGGGUUGCUUUAUGGAGAAACUGAAGAGAUAGAAGAGAGGGCAGCUGAAGUAUGGGACAUGAAGAUGGCAUCUGCAUUGGCGAGCCACGAGUUCGGAGCAAUCUUUGAGGUGCUGGCAGAAGGGAUGAAGAGCAGAAACUCGGAAUUGCAAUCGGCUUGUUUUGUUUCAGCGUCAUGGCUUGUGCACAUGCUCGACAUUCUUCCCGACACUGGGAUUCGUGGUGCUGCUCGAGUCUGCUUGCUCAAGCGGUUUGUGGCCAUUUUCAAGUCAGCAAAGGAUAGUGAGGAUAAAGUCCUAGCAUUGCUAGCUCUCAAGAGCUUCCUAAAUGAUCCUGAGGGGCUACAAGAUUUGAAUAACUACAUGAAAGAUAUAAAGAAAGGGCUGAGAGAGCUUAGGAAGUCAUGCUCACUGGCAUUUGAAGUUCUCAAGGUUCUCUCAGAGGGGAGAGACAACAGUGCUGAACUUUGGAACCACAAAGAACUAGUUCAGGUUGACUGUUGUGAGAAUGGAGAGGUGCUUUCCAUUGCCUACUUCAAGGACAAGAUCAUUUCAGGCCACUCAGAUGGAACUAUGAAGGUUUGGACUGGUAGGGGAAGUGUCCUUCACCUUGUCCAGGAACUCAGAGAACACACAAAGGGAGUCAGUAGCUUGGUGGUUCCGCAAUCAGGAGACAAGCUAUAUAGUGGCUCUCUAGACAGAACUGCCAGAGUCUGGUCCAUUGUGGGCGACACUUUGCAUUGUAUGCAAGUUCAUGAUAUGAAGGAUCAGGUUCAUAAUCUGGUGGUUGCCAACUCCAUUUCUUGCUUCAUCCCUGCAGGCGCGGGUAUCAAGGUUCAUUCCUGGAGCGGCAAGUCCAAGUUGCUGAACUCAGGGCGAUAUGUCAAGUGCCUGUCUCUGGUUCAGGGGAAGCUUUACUGCGGCUGCCACGACAGCAGCAUUCAGGAAAUUGAUUUGGCAACAGAAACGGUAUCAUUCAUUCAAAGUGGAUACAGGAAGCUAAUAGGCAAAGUGAGUCCGGUAUACGCGCUAGAGGUUCGAGAUGGGCUCGUGUAUUCAGCCGUUUCGCCAUUGGAUGGAGCAGCUGUUAAGAUAUGGAGUGCUUCAAAUCAUGGUCAAGUGGGUGCAUUGGCAACGACCCAGGAAGUCAGGACCAUGGCUGUAAGUUCAGAGCUUAUCUAUUUGGGAAGUAAAGGUGGGACGAUAGAGAUAUGGGAUCGAAAGAAGCACAUUAGAGUAGAGACCAUACAAGCUUGCACCAACAGUAAAGUUAUUUCCAUGGCUGUCGAUGGCAAUGAAGAGAUACUGGUUGCUGGAACAUCAGAUGGGUGGAUUCAGGCAUGGGGAUUGAGCUAA